AACUUGGAACGUUGCAAUAAUAAAAUGAUGUCCGGCAAUCUGCAGACACGUACCCAGCACAGUCAAGCAUUAAUGGAUAGUACUUGCAAUGAGAUGUGGAAUGAUAUGCUUACUAAAAAAGAUUUAAGGAAAUGCAAAAAAGCCAAGAAACGCAUUUCAACGCAAGUUGCGAGCGAAUGGCUGCAAGAGAAUGCACUAGAAAAAGAGUGUGUUGCAGGUGCUAUGGCUGCACACUUACAAACGAAUGAGACUAUGACGGCUGAGCCAUCAUGGCAGCUAAGGGUUGUUGACCCUCCGCCGAACACUACUUACCAGAGCACAGAUGUCAGCGAUGAAGACAGCGACUCUUUACUGGAGAAGGCUUUACAGAGAGGGCUGGAGACAUACGAACUUGAUGAUAGCUCAGAACUUGGAAUUGCAUGCCAGAAGUAUCAAUUGCUCUCUCGCCAACUGCUGGAGAUUAGGGAUAAAAUGAAGAGCAAGUUGAAGCAAAGCAGAGCAUCAGCAAGCACUCGCAGCGACCCUGCGGUCGGGUGGGAGAAAUCCUCGCCAGCACUUGUCAGGGGGAUGAAGGUCGGGACGGCGUGGGACCUCGUGGAACAACCGGCUCCACCUGGAACACGUCCCUCGGCCGCCGUGGUUGCAGGCUCACCGGGAGCCGUCAGGAGGUCACCGGCUCAGCGCGAAGAUAUCACCAGCUGCUUUCUCGCAAAGCUAACGAUUGGCGACAGAGCUGCGAUGCAGCAGAGUGUAAGCAGUGGUGCCCACGCAGUCAGGUUUGUCCCACGGAGAGAUCCCGGCACCCUUUCCCCGGCGGGCACAGAGAGGUCGCCACCAUACACAGUGCUAAAGUCCCCCACUCCCGCGAUGCAGCGGCCAUUGCCCGCAAAGAGGGUCCCGUCCACUGACAGCUCGCCACCAGACGGCGCCGUUGCUGCACGCAAGCGGUUUUCGACUGAGCGGCCAGACCCGUUCCCAUCGGCCACCAGUCGCAUAGCACCAGGGGGCGUUUCCAACGGUGCAGCCGACGCCCAUCGAGCAGCGACAUCACCGGCGCGCGCGGCUGUCAUGAUUCGUCCCGCGCGUCUGCUCUACCCGAGCCGUUACGUCCCACACCUCGCAUCUCCCCAUCGUCAGUUCAUCUUCUCGGCCGCCGAGUCGCCGCCGAACGUCGUGCAAGACAAUGUCGAGAAGAGAAGAGUAACCACGGCCGGAGAUGCCAAUGGGAGAAGAGAGCCGACUGCAAAGAAAUCUGUUCAACAAAAGCGUAAGACAAGGUUAAGAGCCAAUAGAAGACCCCAGGUCUGUACAGAGGAACGUAGCCUUGGUUGCACCUCUACUGGGUUUGUUUAUUAUGUCGCCAAUAGCAAGAAAAAUAUGAGCGCUGCUGGUGUGACUACAACGACAGAGAGCUAUAGUUCAGACAUGGAUAAUAAAAUGCUGCUUUUUCGUCAACUGUGCAAGAUGUAUGGCUAUAGGUACGAAUACUAUGAAGGUACAGGAAGAACUGAUAUGCGUCGGCCCUUCAAUAAACAGAAGCCUGCCCAAAGUCAUAAUAAAUCUAAGUCGGUCCCGUGGCUCCCAGAAACACUCGGUGUCCGGCCAAAGCAGUCUUUACGGGACCCAGAAGUCUUGCAGGGAAGCCGGGGGCUGUCAUCUAGGCACGCACAUCUCCGCAUGCUCAGCGAAAAAUGCGUAUCGGCCUCGCGCAACUUCGAUAGGCUGCGUACGGAGGUAACCUCUGAGAUAGAGAAGCAUUGUGAGGGGAUGAACAGGGCCCCUUCCCCUACUCAAAGUUCCUCCCUCGAGGGCUUCUGGUGAAGAGAUUAUGUUGACAUUUAUCAGGUGUUAUUUUUCUACAUAAACGAUAUUUUUCUUGUUCGUGUAGCUAUACAUUUGCCAAUUAUCAGGUGAUAUUUUUCUACGUAAACGAUAUUUUUCUUGUUCGUGUAGCUAUCAUGUGUGUUCGUAGAUGUAUUGCAUGCAUUAUAUUUUUUCGUGUAGAAAGUACUACCGUAUAUGUUGCUGCAGCAUGCUGUGGUGGAGAAAAUUCACGUCAACGUAUGUGGUUUCGUAGACGUGUUGUUACGUGUUUUGCGAAAAGAAUGAAAGUUAUCAAGCCAGAUGUGGACAAUUUAUAGUUUUUUAUUGUUUGUUAACACGUAAGAACUUAAAUGCUUAAGACAGAUACUUCUGUUAGUAGCGAGUGCAUGACACGAUGCAAGUCUAUAUUUUAGGCAUGUAAACUGUCAAUAAUGUUAGCAUGUUAUGAUGUUAACAUACGCAAUUUAUGAUAAUGUAGGAGAAAUACCUUCACUGGGGUGGUCCAAGGAUAUGUAAUUAUGUUUAGAUUGUAAUUAGUAUGAAGGCAUAAAAAAAUGCGGUCCGGGCUCUUUUCGUAAGAAGAACUGAUCAAAUAGCAUUGAAAUUUUGUGAGUGAAAUUCUAUUGAAAUUUGUUUUGCCUCUUUUCAAACAUCAUAAGAGAUUUUAUUUAAAUUGUCUAUUAGACAAUUUUCUAUACGCAUUUUCACAAAGUUUGUCAAAUAACUCGUGCGUUUGUGUAUAUAUAUAUAGCUAACAAAAUUGAUGGUUAAUGGUUAAAGGUUGAUUUAUCUAUACCUGUUUCUUACGCUAAUUUUUCUUGAAUGUGAGUAUGUGGUUCUACCUUUAAUGGUUUAUUUCAAUAUGGCAUUUAUCUUUUAACUUGUAAAGCUUCAAGUGAACUGUAAAGUCGAACAGCUCAUAAAUACGUAUACGUGUGAAAAAUUA